UUUUUAACUGUUAAUGAAAUAUUCUCAAACAACUGUAAAAGUAUUGAUUGACUUUAGCUAUAAAACUCACCAUAAUAAUUUAAUAAUCCUAUAAGCAGAAGCGAUUCCUAAAACUGGAAUGAUGUUAAAAAGGGCAUAAGAGACAAAGUUUAUUCAAAAGUGUAGGGAUUCGAAAAUUAAAAGUUUAUUUAAAAAAGCGAAUUACUUUACAAUUUUAAAAACCAAGAAGAAAAGAAUUCUAAUCAACCUUUAUCACAUAGAUAAUCUGCAACUCAUUUAAGAAAUCUAAUGGAUAAUAAAUUUCCAAAAUAAGAAUCUCCUAUAAAAAUGGGUUUGACUCAUGCAAUUUAUUCACCAAGUUAAAAACAAUAUCAUCCCUUAGAUGAGAUUCAAAUCAAGAAUAACUAUUAAAGUGCAUUUGGUUCUUCAAUAGGUAAGGAAAAGGUCAAAAUUUAAUCAUCAAAAAAAGAAUAAUAUUCUUAAUAGAAACCAUUAUCUGAUUUGUUAGAUAUGAAGAGAAACAAAGCAGUUACAGAAAGAGCGACAUUGGCAGAAAUAAUAAGAAUUUCAAAUCAUCUUUAAGAUGUUUAAUAAGCAGAAGCCACUUAAUUAAGUAGUGCAUAUUUAUAAGAACUUAUAGCACUAUAAUAAAAUAUAGGCAAAGUCCUUAAAAAUACAUCUAAUAAAGUAUAUAAAUGA